AUGGGUCAGGCAGAAGUUGACGGUUGGGCAAUCGAAAGACUACCGGCAAUGAUAGCAGAUCUAGUCAUAUCGAUGGACGAUCGAUUCAUGUACGCUUCAGCCUGGCUUCAUGGAUACGUGGCACAGUACGACAUAACCGACCCUUUCAGAGUGUCACUUUGUAGUAAGGUGCGUAGUUUCAAAUCUUAUCCGAAUUUCUUAUAA